AAGGGUUGUUAUUCUGCGUCACUGAAACGAGACGGCAUGAAGGACUGACACCUUCGCAGCAAAACCAGACCGCUGCAUGAGGGAAUACUGGGAAUACAAGGAUACUGGGAAUAUCUGCACCAUUACCUGAAACUGAAUCCACAACCAGAUGAGAAAUUAAAAAGAAUAAAGAAUACAGAUCGAAGGAACUGUCAGUCACAGGGAGUGACUCCCAGCUACUCGUCUCCGUGUUCAGCUUGACUCUGAGAUAAAAUGGCGUCCAAGUUAGAGGAAGAUCUGUGCUGUCCGGUCUGUCUUGAGCUCUUUAAAGAUCCAGUCAUCCUGUCCUGCUGCCACAGCUUCUGUAGAGAGUGCGUGGAGGAAUCUUGGAAGGAGAAGAAGAACAAGGAGUGUCCGGUUUGUAAGAGGAGACAGUCAAAGGAAUUAAUACCUCCUACCUUUGCUUUAAAGAACCUGAGUGAGAGUUUUCUGCAGGAGAGAGAUCAGAGAGCUUCAGAGGAUCUCUGCAGUCUGCACUCUGAGAAACUCAAACUCUUCUGUCUGGACCAUCAGGAGCCGGUGUGUCUCGUCUGCAGAGAUUCACAAAAACACAGCAAACACACAAUCAGACCCAUCGAUGAAGCUGCUCACGAUCACAAGAAGAAACUUCAGGAAACUCUGGAGCCGGUAAAGAAGAAGUUAAAUGUUUUUAAAGGAGUUAAAGUGGAGUUUGAUCAAACAGCAGAACACAUUCAGGUCCAAGCCCGACACACAGAGAGGCAGAUUAAGGAGCAGUUUAAGAAGCUUCACCAGUUUCUAGAAGAGGAAGAGGAGGCCAGGCUGUGUGCACUGAGGGAGGAAGAGGAGCAGAAGAAUCAGAGGAUGAAGGAGGAGGUGGAGGCUCUGAGCAGAGAGAUAGCAGCUCUUUCACACACAGUCAGAGCCACAGAGGACGAGCUGAGAGCUGCAGACGUCUCAUUCCUGAAAAACUACAAGGCUGCAGUGGAAAGAGUCCAGCAGCGCCCCCUGCUAGAGGAUCCACAGCUGCCCUCAGGAGCUCUGAUAGACCAGGCCAAACACCUGGGCAACCUGAGCUUCAACAUCUGGAACAAGAUGAAGGACAUGGUCUCCUACACUCCGGUCAUUCUGGACCCAAACACUGCUCAUCCAGACUUCAUCUUGUCUGAAGAUCUAACCUGUGUGAGAGAAGGAGAGGAGCAGCAGCUUCCUGAUAAUCCAGAGAGGUUUGAUUUGUUCUGCUCUGUCCUGGGCUCUGAGGGCUUUAACUCAGGGACUCACAGCUGGGACGUCCAGGUUGGAGACAGUACAGACUGGGAACUGGGUGUGUCAGCAGAGUCUGUACAGAGGAAGGGAAAAAAACUGUCUGGAUUAUGGUUCAUAUGGUUCACUGAUGGUAAAUACAAAGCAUUCUCCUCAUCACGUCCAGACACUGUUCUCUCAGUGAAGAAGAAGCCUCAGAGGAUCAGAAUGACUCUGGACUGUAACAGAGGAAAGCUGUCCUUCUCUGAACCUGAUACUAACACACACAUACACACCUUCACACACACUUUCACUGAGAGGAUGUUUCCAAUCAUUAGCACUGGGGAGAAACUCCCACUGAAGAUUUUACCAGAGAAGAUCUCUGUGACUGUGUCGUCCUGAUUUCGCUGGUUGUCACAGAGCUCA